AUGGCCACAGGUCCACGUCCGAAGGAUUCAACCGCCGCAGAACCCUUGUUGGCUCCCGCAUGGGUUAAUCCCGACCUUGACAGGCUCAUGGUCGUCCACAAGGAAGUGGUAAUAUCAACGACGGAUGAAAAUAGCAGUGAUAGUGAUAGCAGCACUAGCAUAAGCACCAGCAGCAAAAGCUAUUACAAGUCAUGGGCAGAGUCCCUUGUAGAUCUACCAGCUGGUGCCAUCUUCGCCCGAAUCAACGGCGUCACGCCCACGUCCAAACGAGACUACGACACCGUCCAGAGCGGUACCUCAUCUCACUUCAUCUGGAACUCGGACCUAUACUACUGCAAUCACUCGUGCUCUCCUACCCUCGAAUGCGACACAUCAACAUGGGAGGUCAGGGUAAGCCGCGACCGUCCGCUCCGCAAGGGUGACGUUCUAUCAGUCUUCUACCCGAGUACCGAAUGGAUCAUGGCGCCAGGUGAAGGUGGCUCACGGGGACCGAAUGUGACCACAGAUCGCUCACACGACAUGGAGCCUUCCAUUUCCAAUGGCACAGGACGACAUCCUCGCUCUCAUUCACUGAGUAUGGGAAAUACAGUUGACCGGACUGAUGUUGGUGCUUCCCCUGCAGAUGUCGAUCUGCUACCCUUUAUCGACUGGGGGGCAUUUUCUGAGAACCAUCAGCUCGGAAUGGCAGCGGAUGAUGGGAGCAGCAUUGACAUGCUCUCGGAUUUCGGUCAGUUCAAUACUGAUGACGCUCUCUGGACCAACAUGGACAAUCUAGACAUGCCUAGCCCUUUCGAAACAUCCACACCUGGACUGCCUAUGGCCUCUACAUUUACUACUACAACUCUACUAACGCCACCAGCAUCGGCUUCAGGCCACGCAACGCGACCUAAAUAUCCUUACUCUUCCUUCGAAGCUGUAUCAACACGUGUUAGCAGCAACGUCAUGUCCCAGCUUCGACAACCACAGUCAAGGGGGCCAGGGGACGCUUCCACAUCAGCCGGUCGACCAGGUAUCGGUGUCUUUGUGAAGGUCUUAUCCAACCUGGAGACUGAGCUCGGAAUCCUACCACUUAGCAUUGAUAGGACGAUGCAUGUUGUCAACACAAGCACAAAAUCGGUACACCGAGUGUUACAGUACCCGUCAACCCAGUUGGGAAUUGCUGGACCUAUGCUGGCACUUGUGUCUAUUGACAUGAUUCUAAUACUCAUCGAAAGUAUAAUCUCACGAUGGAGGGAGUGCAGAAGCACUGAAUUGGGCCAACAUAACUUCCAAGAUUCUGGUUCUUUUCCUGGCAUUCCAAGGCCAAGUGACAGCGGCCAUGGUCAGCGCGAUCAACUUCUGUUGGGUCACUACAGAGUAGAGGGCGAGGAAACAGAUGUGAUAUGGAGAAACAUUGUUAUUACCGAACUUAGGCGGGUACGGAAGUUGGUACAGGGGUUGAAUGGCCACCUUGACGAUCCUAGACACAGCGUAAAGCUACCUGUGGAGCGAUUACGAACUUCGUACACUCAUCUAGAUCAUAGAGCAGCACGUCUGAUGACAACACUGCAGAGAUACGAUCAGAAUGCAGGAACGAGUAUGGCGUCCACUUUCUAA